UCCCACUGGUUGAAAAACACUGUUUUAGAGCAUCCAAUCUAAACAUGUAUUAUUUUUACUGUAACUAAUCCUCACUAAAUACAAUGUGUCUUCAUUUUGUUUCAGAAACUCAAGUUGGAGCUUUUGUAUUUGAGUGCAGCUGGGAGUCUAUUUUAAAGAAGUUUGAUUUAAGGGAAAACAAUGUAAAAUACACUAUGGGCCGACCUGUUAAAGACCACCAUCAUGUGACAUUGGUUUACAUGGAAAUGGACAUUUUUGUCAUUCUAGAUGUGAAAGAGGCGGACCAGACGCUUGUUUCUUACAUUUGGGUUUAUUGGAGGUGGAACAACGAGCACAUUCACUGGAAUCCAGAUCAAUUUUGUGAACAGACGCAUAUUUUAGUUCCCGCAAAACUUUUAUGGAAACCAGAUCUGACAAUUGAAGAAAUGACAGACUGCGAUAAAACCGCCCCAAGUUCUCUUCUUAAUAUCAGACAUGAUGGCUGGAUUGAAUAUAGAAAUGGUCAAGUGGUGGAUAUCACCUGCAAGAUGGACUUUUACAGAUUCCCAUUUGACUAUCAGGUCUGCAAAAUCUCCUUCAAAUCUAUCAUGCAUUCUGAUGAAGAACUACUGUUGGUCAACAACAGAAACGAAACGUUGACUCAUUAUGAGAUUUUGAAAUUCCUCCAGCCAGAGUCGGACUGGCAUUUUGAAAUGGCAGAAACAAACACAGAAACUGUCGAUUAUUUUGGCUUCAAUCAAACAAAGAUUGUGUACACUAUCACCAUGGAAAGAUAUCCAAUACUAUAUGUUGCAAACUUACUGCUGCCCCUUCUCUUCUUCGUUUGUCUGGACUUUGCCUCCUUCCUGAUGUCAGAAACUGGGGGCGAGAAGAUUGGCUUCAAGGUCACAAUUCUACUUUCUGUGACUUUGAUGCAGUUUCUUCUCAAUGACAUUCUGCCCCCUUCCACAGGAAGCGUUCCUCUUAUGGGUAAAGACAAUUUUGCUUCAAAAUUUUCUUUGUUAACAUGGGAUUCAUGUUCAUUUUACUGAUUCUGUCCCUCUCAG